CUGUAAUUUUCAAGAAUUGCCUGCUAAUAUUCUUUCGACAACAAUAUUACUUAUUUCUUUACGGUUUCCUUCUUUGAACUGUUCGUUUGUUGUUGUCUCUUUUAGUAGGCCAAUGGAGGACGAGGUGGCCUAUUAGAAGAGACUUAUUUCCACCUUUUUUCAACCUUCUUCUCCUCUUAUAUAAAUUAUAAUUGAAGAAGAAGAAGAAGAACAGCUUACAGAAAAUAAACAUUCAGUCAAAAAAUAACCAGAGCCUUUAAUCUUGUUUCUGUCUUUAACCAUGGCUGACAUUUCCUGGGAAGAGAUUAAGAUUGAGAAUGUUGAUCUUGAGAAAAUCCCUGUCGAAGAUGUUUUUAAACAGCUGAAAUGUACAAAAGAGGGGUUAACUACAGAAGAAGGUGAGAAGAGGCUCCAAAUCUUUGGACCCAAUAAGCUUGAGGAGAAAAAGGAGAAUAAACUUCUCAAGUUUUUGGGUUUUAUGUGGAAUCCAUUAUCAUGGGUUAUGGAAGCUGCAGCAAUUAUGGCCAUUGUCUUGGCUAAUGGAGGAGGCAAACCCCCAGAUUGGCAGGAUUUUAUUGGAAUUAUUGUCUUGCUUGUCAUCAAUUCAACCAUCAGUUUCAUUGAAGAAAACAAUGCAGGCAACGCUGCUGCUGCUCUCAUGGCUGGUCUUGCACCCAAAACCAAGGUGUUGAGGGAUGGAAAAUGGGGUGAGCAAGAUGCAGCAAUCUUGGUUCCUGGAGAUAUGAUUAGCAUCAAGUUGGGAGAUAUCGUCCCCGCUGAUGCUCGUCUUAUGGAAGGUGAUCCACUGAAAAUUGAUCAAUCUGCCCUUACCGGUGAAUCCCUUCCUGUCACAAGGCAUCCUGGUAGCGAGGUUUUCUCCGGCUCAACUUGCAAACAAGGUGAGAUUGAAGCAAUUGUAAUUGCCACUGGUGUUCAUACCUUCUUUGGAAAGGCAGCCCACCUCGUUGACAGCACCAACAAUGUUGGUCACUUUCAGAAGGUGUUGACAGCCAUUGGUAACUUCUGUAUCUGCUCAAUAGGAGUGGGUAUGGUGAUUGAGAUAUUGAUCAUGUACCCAGUUCAAAAAAGAAAGUACAGAGAAGGUAUUGACAACCUUUUGGUACUUCUCAUUGGUGGUAUCCCCAUUGCCAUGCCUACAGUCUUAUCAGUCACAAUGGCUAUCGGGUCUCAUCGCUUAUCCCAGCAAGGUGCAAUCACCAAGAGAAUGACUGCCAUUGAAGAAAUGGCCGGUAUGGAUGUCCUUUGCAGUGACAAGACAGGGACUCUUACCCUCAACAAGCUCACUGUCGACCAAAGCCUAAUUGAGGUAUUUCCCAAGGAUGCUGACAAGGACACUGUUAUAUUACUUGCUGCCAGGGCUUCCAGAACUGAGAACCAGGAUGCUAUCGAUGCUUCAAUUGUUGGGAUGCUGAGUGACCCGAAGGAGGCAAGAGCUGGAGUUACUGAGGUUCAUUUCUUGCCCUUCAACCCUGUGGGGAAACGCACAGCUAUGACUUACAUCGACAACAAUGGUGACUGGCACAGAUGCAGCAAGGGGGCACCUGAGCAGAUAAUUGAUCUAUGUGAGCUCAAGGGCGAAACGAGGAAAAAGGCCCAUGAAGUCAUUGACAACUUUGCUGAACGCGGCCUUCGUUCGCUAGGUGUUGCUCGUCAGACCGUUUCAGCAAAAACCAAGGAAAGUGAUGGAGAACCAUGGGAGUUUGUGGGUCUCUUGCCUCUUUUCGAUCCUCCAAGGCACGAUAGUGCAGAGACUAUUCGUCGGGCUCUUGAUCUUGGUGUCAACGUUAAGAUGAUCACUGGUGAUCAACUUGCUAUUGGCAAAGAGACUGGACGAAGACUUGGCAUGGGCACUAACAUGUAUCCAUCAUCAUCUCUUCUUGGAGACAGCAAGGAUGAGUCAGUUGCCGGCAUUCCAAUAGAUGAGCUCAUCGAGAAGGCUGAUGGUUUCGCUGGAGUCUUUCCUGAACACAAAUACGAGAUUGUUAAGAAGCUCCAAGAGAGGAAACACAUUUGUGGUAUGACAGGAGAUGGUGUGAAUGAUGCCCCUGCAUUGAAGAAAGCAGAUAUUGGUAUUGCAGUGGCAGACGCAACGGAUGCUGCCAGGGGUGCCUCAGACAUUGUUUUGACAGAACCAGGAUUGAGUGUGAUCAUUAGCGCUGUGCUAACAAGCAGAGCCAUCUUCCAGAGGAUGAAGAACUACACAAUCUACGCAGUUUCCAUCACAAUCCGUAUCGUCAUGGGAUUCAUGCUCGUUGCACUUAUCUGGAAAUUCGACUUCUCACCGUUCAUGGUCCUGAUCAUUGCCAUCCUCAAUGACGGUACAAUCAUGACCAUCUCUAAGGACAGAGUCAAGCCAUCUCCUGUGCCAGACUCAUGGAAGCUCAAAGAAAUCUUUGCUACUGGCGUAGUCCUCGGAACCUACAUGGCAAUAAUAACUGUCAUUUUCUUCUGGCUUGCUCAUGACACCGAUUUCUUCCCCGAGAAAUUCGGCGUGAGAGUAAUCCGAGAUGAACAUUCUGAGCUAACAGCUGCUCUAUAUCUUCAAGUCAGUAUUAUAAGUCAAGCACUCAUUUUUGUGACUCGAUCAAGAAGCUGGUCUUAUGUCGAAUGCCCCGGUCUCUUGCUGAUUGGUGCUUUUAUUGCAGCACAAUUGGUGGCUACUAUUAUCGCCGUAUAUGCAAACUGGGGAUUCGCAAAUAUGCAAGGCAUUGGUUGGGGAUGGGCAGGAGUUAUCUGGGUUUACAGUCUUAUCACUUACAUUCCUCUUGAUAUCCUCAAGUUCAUGAUCCGAUACGCGUUGAGCGGAAAGGCAUGGGACAAUCUGCUGCAGAACAAGACUGCUUUCACUACCAAGAAAGAUUACGGAAAGGGCGAAAGGGAGGCUCAAUGGGCUAUGGCACAGCGUACACUUCACGGUCUCCAGUCAAUAGACGGUGUAAUUCAUGACAAAGCAAGCUACAAGGAAUUGAGUGAGCUUGCAGAGCAGGCUAAGAGGCGUGCCGAGGUCGCUAGGCUGAGAGAGCUUCACACAUUGAAAGGGCAUGUGGAAUCAGUAGUGAAGCUAAAGGGACUUGACAUUGACACUAUCCAGCAACACUACACAGUCUAAAGGGUCUAACCAUGGUGGAGAUGGGGAAACACAUUGCCAUUGGGGAACACAAAAAGAAGCUAUAUAAAUCUCCAUAUUUUGUUUUUUCUUCAAUGUAAUAUUUCCUAUAUUUUUUUUUCUUUUCCUCCCAAAUUAGAGGGGAAAUAGAUCACAAAAAUGAAAUUUGUUGUAGCUAAUAAUAUAGAUGGAGGAGCUAAUAUAUUGACAUUAUAAAUAACUUGGUAUCACAGAUUUUGCAAUCCAAAUCAAAUAUCUCAAUUUUUAAGUUUUUCA